AUGCAUCUCAACGACAUCCCCCGUUUUACCUACACCACCUCCGCCUGUCCAGACCCCGUCCUAUCCUCCUCCACCUGGACCGACAUCCUCACCCCCGAGUUUCUCGCGCAGCAGGGGGCCCAGAAGACCCCCGACUCGCCCACCUGGUGGCUCGACGUCCGCGACGCCACAGAGCAAGACGUCGAGGUCCUCUCGCAGGCCCUGAACAUCCACCCCCUGACGGCCGAGGACAUCGCCACGCGCGAGACCCGCGAGAAGGUGGAGGUGUUCCGGAACUACUACCUGAUUUCGUUCCAGACGCUGGUGACCUUCCUGGACGAGGAGAAGCACGAGCCCGGCGAGAAGGUCCCGCCCAUCACGUCCAAAACGCCCGCCUCCGCCGUCUUCUUCAUCCUGGUGUUUAACACCGGCACGGUCACUUUCUCGCCCAGUGGAUGCAGCCACGUCACCAGGGUGAGGGAUCGUUUGCGGAGACUCCACGAUGAGACUAUCUUGUCGAGUGAUUGGAUUUGUUAUGCGUUGAUCGACGACAUCGUCGACUCCUUCGAACCCUACCGCCAAUCCGCAGAGCUCGAAUCUGAAUCCAUCGAAGACUCCGUCUUUAUCGCGCGCUUCGACGACGUGAAAUCACUAAUCCCCCGCAUCGACAACCUGCGCAAACGCAUCACGCACCUAAUCCGCUGCCUGACGGGCAAACUAGACGUGCUGAACGGCUUCGUCAAACGGUGCCAGGCCAAAGACAAGAACCCCGUCUUCCCCGACGGCGACUUCAUCCUGUACCUGGGCGACGUGCAGGACCAUCUCGUAACGACGCUGCAGAGUCUGACGCACUUCGAUGAGAUCGUGAGUCGAUCGCAGUCGAACUGUCUGGCGCAGCUGAGUGCGAAUAACCUGAGGCUGAGUUUGAAUAUUAAUUCGGUGUUGAGUAAGGUUACCGUUCUGGCGACGAUCUUUGUGCCGAUGCAUUUGGUCACGGGCCUGUUUGGGAUGAACGUGGAGGUCCCCGGGCAGGAGGUGCAUGGGCUGGGGUGGUUCUUUGGGAUUGUGGGCGGUUUUGUGGCGUUUAUGACGAUUGCUUGUUUGGGGGCUUGGAGGUAUAAGUUGCUUUGA